CUGUGUGAAAAAUCAUGCAGCCCCACAUUUUAUGUGGGUAGCUUACGCCCAAUUAGCUUACCUAUCCUCUGGCCUAUGGCAGGUACUGUAUAAAGCCACUAACUUAGACAUAAAGCUGUGGAAACUGAGUCAAGCUGCUGCAUUUUUCCCGAAUUUUUGAAAGAGUAACCGAGCAGAAUUUUUAUACCGGAAGUUCCGGCGGAAGCAAAUUUCCACAAAAAAUUCAUCCUGCAAUUUUAGAGUUUGAACCUGAACCUUAACUCUAUGAAUUGGAAGGCCUGAAAAAAUGGGAAGAAAAGCCAGCUCAUCACCUCGUCACAAUGAUACCAUCAAACAUGAUGAUAAUGAACUUGAUAAGGUUCGUGAGGUGUGUGGAUACAAAUUUCUCCAAGAGGAAGCAACAAUAAAACAUAUAAAGCAAUGCCACAUCAUGUUCAUCAUGAGGGGUCUCCCGGGAUCUGGAAAAUCAACCCUUGUGAAGCUUAUAGAGAGCACAUACAAAACUGCCCAAUCAUGUUCUGCUGAUAUGUUCUGCAUGAAGGAUGGUGAAUAUGAGUAUGAGGCAGAAAAAGUCAGUGAAGGUCAUGAAAAAUGCCAAGCCAAAGCCAAAGAGCUUUGUGAUAAUAAGCACCAACAUAUUAUUGUUGACAACACACAUAUCCAGCAUUGGGAACUGAGGUAUUACUUUAAUCUCGCUGCAAGAGCUGGUUAUAGUGUCAUCAUUGUAUUGCCCAAAACAGCGUGGAGGUUUGACCCUGUACAGUUAGCCAUCAAAAAUACACACAAUGUUCCAGAGGAAGCCUUGAGAUUAAAACUGAAGAAAUUCCAGCCAGUGCUGCCAUUGUAUUUUGGUUGGUUUGUUAAUCAAUCUACAAAACUAGAGAUGGAGUUGGGUUUUCACAAAAUAUUGAAGCAAAUAACAAAGAUUGGAUCAUUAAAAGAAGAAUUGGAGAAAUUCUGUCCCUCAGCAGGUGAAGGCAUAGACUCUCUUUUACACCGAUAUGCUGUUCCUGAAGGUCCUUUUCAUAUAACUGCCAAAUAUAAUGGUCUUAAACCAGACAAGUCUGAAGAUGCCUUGGAAUAUGCAGAUAAGGAUGUUGUCAAGAAAUCAUUGGGACAGUUGUUCCAGAUCUCUAUAAUUGGAUAUAUUUUAACACCGUCAAUAAUUGGGGCCAGGAUCCGACUGAAUUCCAGACAGAAACAGUUAUGGGCUCAGGAUGACACUGAAGGUCUUGAUUCCCUAAGCAAUAAUAAAACUGAAGUGAAUUUAGCACUCACUACUGUUUCGAACAAGGAAUACACAUGUGAGGUAUCGGGUAAAGGUAAAUGUGACACUUUUAAGACUAGCUUUCGGCCUACUCAUGGAUUGGGUAGUAGGGCACAUAUGACAUUAGGUUGUGGCCCUGAUUCUCAACCAGUCCAAACAGGGCUCGAUCUUGUAGAUAUAAUUGAUUGUGAAUCUAAAACUAGCAAUAACUUUCAUUAUAUGCAAAUAGAGGGGGCUAAAGUCAGGUACUAUGGGAAAGGAAGGUGUGCCAUCUAUCUAGAGGAUUUUGUUAAAGUCAACACCAUUUUCUCUGGGUUCUAUGUAUAAUAGAGAAUCUGGAUCUAUAUGAUUGAUGUUUAGAAUCAGAUGACUUUUCAGUAUUAAGGGUGUUAUAAGGUAUACCCCGGUAUAUACCGAGAUAAGGUGAAGGAAUCUCCUUAAUUACUUCUCCUUAAUUUACUAACUGUGAUUAAGAUUGUGAUAUCAUAUUUGAUAAAAUAUAUUAUUGUGAUAAUUCUUUAUUAGUAAUUAUACAAACUACGGACUUCAGAUAAGAAAACUAUUUAUUAAUAUUUAUCAAAAUAGUAACUUAUGUAAUUCAUAUUUAUUAUUAAUUGUAGUACUAAAUCUUAUGAUGUGAUCUUAUGAUCACAUGAUGUGAUUUUCAGUAAUUCAUCUACAAGCAGAGCUCAUGACCUUUUUUUGCAAAGCGUCUAUAAAACCUGUUCACAUUGCUAAAUUGACCAUGUAGAAUAUAAAUGGUUGUGAGUAUUUUAUGUGGCUGUGCAGUUGACUGAUAGAAUUAGUCAUAUUAGGUGAUUAGUGUUUAUCACCACUGGAGUCAUUUCUAGCAUUUAUUUUACAUCAUACUGUUGCCUGAAAAUGGCUCACAUUCUUCUGACUUAAACCAAGCGGCAAGUUUAGGCCUUGCCUCUAGUCUAUUUUUGAAUGCCUUCAGUAGAGGUUUGUCUAGAGCUGCCCAUGCCUCAGGGAAUUGUGCCUCUGUGGCUCUCAGUAUGUGUAACAGGCCUA